GAGUCUGUCAUGCUGCUGCCAGGCCCCUAAUCUGCCAUGGGCCCCUAUAUACCGCCUCCUCAUGCUGCUGCCAAGUCCAGAGUCUCUCAUGGGUCCCUGUACGGCCUCCCAUUGCUGCUGUCUCCAUCGCCACACUCUGCUGCCAUGUGCCACUUUCAGGUCUCUUCACACUGCUGGUGUGUUAAAUUUUUUGACAUAGGGUGCAGGCAGAUUACGGGCCUCACAUAGCUGCUGCCAGGCCCCCUAAUCUGCCAUGGGCCCCUAUAUACCGCCUCCUCAUGCUGCUGCCAAGUCCAGAGUCUGUCAUGGGUCCCUGUACGGCCUCCCAUUGCUGCUGUCU